AUGGGCCCCAUGGCCGUGCCAGCGCAUUCGAGUAAGAACACCUCCCUGAUCGCCAUGCUGCCACAUCGAGAAGCUGCACUGGCACGGGCUGUGUCCGACAUGCGUAAGGCCGCAGCGGAGGUGCAGAAAGCUUCAGCUGAGCUGUCGAUUUGUGAGGCUGCAUGGCUCACAGCCUAUGAGGCCGCUUUGCGGAUGGCUGAGAACGACGCAGAAGCAUGCGCGGUUCGAAGGGCAGCCACAGAACUCAAGUCGCAGCCCGGGGUUUGCUACAACACCUUGCGAACCUUUCAUGAUGAAAUUGAGUGUUUGACACCGUCCCCUGCCGAACCUGGGAGCCUGCCUUCAGAGUCGCAUGGCCAAGAACACGGACACUCCCACGAUGAUGAGUUCCAUACUGCCAAGCAUCAGCUUGAACACCGCUGGAUUGAGAAGACGGCCUUCAGCGCAGCGGAGCGCGUGGUGGAGCGGAUGACCGAGCGCAUUACUGAGAGCAUGGGCGAGCGAGUUGGCGAGCGUCUUGCGGAGAGGGGCGUGGAGCGACUUGCCGAGAGGGGCGCGGAGCGCCUAGCUGAGCGGGGCGUGGAGCGGCUGGCAGAGCGUGGUGCCGAGAGGCUGGCUGAAAGGGGUGCCGAAAGGCUUGCCGAAAGAGGAGCGGAACUAGCAUUGGAGCGGGCCGGGGCGGGAGCUUUGCGACACAUCUUGGGCAGAACUAUUGGCGAGACUCUGAGGAUGGGAGAACAUGCAGCCAUGCAUACCUUGAAGGCCUUACGCGUCAUUGUCCCUUUCGUGGGCAUGCUCUUCGUCAUACAUCUGGCUGAACAUGACUGGCAUCGCCUGCUCGAGGAGUGGAGGGCCCGACGUGCUCUCUCACUUGCCUUUUUUUGCAUGGCCGUUCUGGGCGACGUCGCCGACAUCCUUUGCCACGUGUGCGUGAUUUCUUCUGGCAUUCUUCACGUGGACCACCACGCGUUGCACACAAUCGAGUACAAGAACCAUCGGCCUGUCCGUUUCGGCUCUCGUGUGCUGGGCGCUUUCUCGCUGGUCUCCACCUUGUUUGCAACAUCAAUGCUGCUUGGGUACGCAACCUUUGGGCAGCACGCGGAGGGUGUCAUUCUCAACAACUACGACAACAGCGACAUGCUUGCGAACAUAGCCCGCUUGGGCAUGGGCUUCGCCAACGUUUUCAGCACGCCUCUCAUGUUCAGCGGUCUUCGAGAAGGCGUCCUGGCUGUACUCAGCCACUUCGCCCCUGAGCAGGAGGAACUCUACAGCCAGGUAUGGUUCCAGAACACCCUGAGCGCGGCACUUCUUUCUCUCGUGGCGGUCAUCGCCAUCAUCGUCACUGAUGCCAGCAUUGUGAUCGGUUUGGUGGGAGCUAUUUGUGGCUCCGCAAUCAUCUAUGUCAUUCCGCGCCUUGGGCCCAAGCUCGCAUGA